AUGCCUUCAUGGAUCGAAGUCAGUCGUAGUUUCUUACUCUCCGAAAAGCUCGACACCAAAUCGGCCAUUGCCACCAGCCUGGAUAUUUCUCAGCCCGCUUCCCACCCGUUUAGAAGUGGAGGUGAUGAAAUCGACGAUACACCGGGCUUAGACCCGACUCGGCGGAUUGUGGUCGCAGUUCCAUGGAUUUGCCAAACCUUUCAAGUGAACGACAGGACUGCCACACCCGAGGUUAGCACUUUGAACAACAAUUGUGAGGGUGCCAGUCAAAGCCUUCAAAUCCAAAGGAUAGUGGACACGGUUUUGAAAGAGAAAGUCCUCGACUCCAAUCGGUUUACGAGCACGAUUCACGAGAUGUUCCAAUCGACUUUGGACCUAUUCGUCACAGGUGAUACGAAUGAAGGUGGGACAUCCUCAUUAACCAGCCAGCAGAUCAUGCAAGCUCAUCUUGAGAACAAGGUUCGCGAAGUGAUUUUGACUUUGCUCACGGACUCUGACUUGAGUUCGGUUCUUGGUAAGUUUGGAAGCAAAGCCAAAGAUCGAGACGAAGAAAUCCUCAAAGAAACAACCAUGACAAGAAUAGCACCUUUAGAGACGGAAUCAACAGAUGAGUUGUUUACCCUGACUGAGAAACAAUUUACCUCGUUCGUCAUUGCGAGCGCGUCGGGCAAGAUCCAGACCUUUGUGGUGGCCUUGGCCAACUGCGGAUAUGACUACAAUCUGGAACAAAUGUUCUCUCAGGAGCUUCAUCAAAGCGACUCCCAAUGGACUCCAGAGAGUGACAAUCAAUUGGUACACUGGACGAAGGACACUGCUCAAGAUCUUGACCUCAAUCCGUCCCAAAUUCACCCUCAAGAAGUCCACUUGUCGCCUGAGGAUCACUUGAAAUCAGAGCUCUCUCUUCUACAUACGCAAUCUGAUCAAGAGCUCGGCAGCCACGCAGCCUUGAUUUUGGCUUGGAACGAGGCUGUAUUCAGGGAUUUGAUUCCCAACAUUCCAUUUUCGAGUGAUCCCUCCUAUUGUCAGCGUACAGCAGCCUUCUUGGCCCGCCACAAAUCCAAGUUGUUCUUCUCCCAGCAAGAGACCUAUCUCAAUCAAAUUCUCAAUGCCUCUUGUCAACGUGGAAGGGACCAAGUGGCCCCUGAAGUCUCUUUAAACCCAAUCACGAAUAUCGGAUCCACCAACGAGAGUUUAAGUGCCACUUGGUUCUUUCAAACUUGGCAGCAACUCAGGGACGUCUCCUCGUCCCAAUUUUGUGUAGCCAUGCCUCAGGGAAGCGAUCCCGAGUUCAAGGUGAAAUUCCUGGGAGAGGAGGUCCAUGGAUCAAGUGGAUCGUUCAGACAAUUCUAUACCCACCUGGCGGAGGAAAUUCAUGGAGCUGUGUUGUGCCUUACCCUACCUUAUCUAGGAUCAGGUCCUUUUAAAGGGCGUUAUCAAUUGUGGUGUUGCCCCCUGACUUGGAUCAACGAGAAACUGCUUCAAUUUUGGGGUCACCUCAUGCGGAUCGCAUUGCGGGCUGGCAUUCCUUUCGUUCUGGACAUGGUUUCCUCGUUCUGGAAAGCGCUUCUUCACAAGCAUAUUGCCGAGAGUGACCUACGGUUAAUGGAUCCCAAUCUGUUCCACUACAUCCAGGAUUGCCAACAUCCGUCCAAUUUCGACACAUUACUCGAGGAGCAUCAAUUCCCCCGGUCCCCGGUUCAUAUUUCAGUCCAACUGCGGCUUGGAAUUGCCUCUGUGCCCAAAUGGGGGAAACAAAUNACUACAUCCAACAUCCAGGAUUGCCAAGAUCCGUCCAAUUUCGACACAUUACUCGAGGAGCAUCAAUUCCCCCGCUGUCAGAACUGGGUGGCAGUGGUCACAUCUGCCAAAUUAGAGCUCUCGACCGUGGUCCCGAUCAAGAUUCUCCAUUGCUUGUAUACCCCCAACGAGCUCGAGCUCCGGGUUUGUGGUUUAACGAAAGUGAGCGUCAAAUUGCUCCAAAGCCACACCAUCUACCAAGCCAGACUCACGGUGGACGAGGAACACAUCCAGUUCUUUUGGAACGCCCUCGAGUCCUUUACGGACCGUCAACUGACAAGGUUUAUCAAGUUUGCUUGUAACCAGGAGAGAUUACCUCUGGCCAAUGUCAAGACCAUCACCAACAAAUUCAACCCGGAGAAAGACAAAGGGGACGUGCAAGUGGAGCAACAGAAUAUUCGGGUAGAAACGUGCAUGUUUAUGCUGAAGUUACCCCGUUACGCUUCCUUCGACAUGAUGCGAGACAAAUUGUUGUUCGUCAUUCAUGCUGCGUUUGAUCCCCUGAGCGGCUGA